GUGCGCGCGCGUGCCGCCUCUGCGUUUACCACCGGACUGCACGCGCCAACUUCCCGCCCGCUUCCCCCCCAAUCAAGUCAUGUCUGAUCCGGAGCGAUGGGCAAGUUUGACGACAACGAGAGGAUAAUCCUCAACGUCGGCGGCACCAGGCACGAGACCUACAAGACCACCCUGAAGACGCUGCCGGGCACGCGACUCGCCCUGCUCGCCUCCGACUCGGACAUCAACUCGGUGCUGGACCAGCUGCAACAAGUCCCCGGCUUCAUCGAGUACAACGCGCGGACCAACGAGUACUUCUUCGACCGCCACCCGGGCGUCUUCGCCUACGUGCUGAACUACUACCGCACCGGGAAGCUGCACUGCCCGGCGGAUGUGUGCGGACCGCUGUUCGAGGAGGAGCUGUCCUUCUGGGGCAUCGAUGAGACGGACGUGGAGCCGUGCUGCUGGAUGACCUACCGGCAGCACCGGGACGCGGAGGAGGCGCUGGACGUGUUCGAGCUCAACGUGGACAACGGCGGCGACGAGGACGACGACAUCGGGAAGAGGCUCGGCAUCGAGGACGUGGCCGCGGAAGGCAACGUCAGCCUGUGGAGGAAGUGGCAGCCGGUCAUCUGGAAUCUCUUCGAGGAUCCCUACUCUUCCCGAGCGGCGAGGUUUAUUGCCUUUGCAUCUUUGUUCUUCAUCCUGGUUUCCAUCACCACCUUUUGCUUGGAGACUCAUGAGGCAUUCAACACCAUCAAGAACAAGACAGAGGGGAUGCAGAAUGACACUUUUCCAGCCUCUGGCCCACAGUAUGAGAUUGAAACUGAUCCAGCGCUCACAUAUGUGGAGGGUGUUUGCGUCUUCUGGUUCACAAUUGAGUUCCUGGUGCGUGUGACCUUCUGCCCAGUCAAGCUGGAGUUUGUAAAGAGUGUGCUCAACAUCAUUGACUUUGUGGCCAUUCUGCCUUUCUACUUGGAGGUAGGGUUGAGUGGCCUUUCUUCAAAAGCUGCCAAGGAUGUUUUGGGUUUCCUCAGGGUGGUGCGUUUCGUUCGUAUCCUGCGUAUCUUCAAGCUAACACGUCAUUUUGUGGGGCUCAGGGUGCUCGGCCAUACGUUGCGUGCCAGCACCAACGAAUUCCUGCUGCUCAUCAUAUUCCUGGCAUUGGGAGUGCUAAUUUUUGCUACUAUGAUCUACUACGCUGAGCGCAUCGGCGCCAGGCCAAAUGAUCCAACUGCUAACAAACAUACUAUGUUCAAGAACAUCCCCAUUGGCUUUUGGUGGGCUGUGGUAACCAUGACUACACUAGGCUAUGGUGAUAUGUAUCCACAGACCUGGUCGGGCAUGGUGGUGGGCGCACUGUGUGCCUUGGCUGGUGUGCUGACGAUAGCCAUGCCUGUGCCUGUGAUUGUCAAUAACUUUGGGAUGUACUACUCCCUGGCCAUGGCCAAGCAGAAGCUACCUAAGAAGAGGAGGAAGCAUAUCCCUCAGGCGGUGCAGGGAGGCUCCCCAACCUACUGUAAAGCCGAUCUCAGCACCACCUACAACAGCACUCAAGGUGACCUGUGCCAUGUAAAAGGGAGCAGAGUACUAGAAUGCAACCGCUCAGUUCUCUCAGCGGACUGCAGCAGGGGAAGCGAUCUGACCAUAUCUCCAGAGGACAGGAUCCCCAUGAGAAGGUCCAGCACCCGGGAACAGGACCACCGGAGCACCGGGACAUGCUUCCUGCUCGCUGCAAGUGACUACACCUGCCCCGCGGACGGAGGGAUACGAAAAUCAGAUGAUUCUUUUUCCUAUUUGAAUGACGGUGGGAUAAGACUGUCAUCAGUAUGAGGACCUAUUGCAGUGGGAGGAUCCCAUGUGGCGCUAUGAGGCCCCUCCUACAGGACAAUAUCGACAAGAAGUCAUGCGUUGCUGCUGACAACCGGCCAGCCCACGGAUCAGUGAGCAAGAACUGAUGAACAAAGGGAAUUCUGGGAGG